AUGGCAACCUUUAAUAUUGCUGCUAAUUACAACAAUCACAUAAUUCCAGAUUAUAUAGAAUCUGUUGACUCCUUUGACCUUUCAUCUGAAGAUGAAUUUACAAACUAUCAUGAGAAGAACACAGUUUUUGUUGGGAAGCCUCUUGAAAAUCCUCUCAAACCUGCUCAGAAACGCAUCACAACAACCAAGUCCAUCAAGAUUGGUUAUUCUGCUAGUAUCUAUAAGCAUACCAUGACUGAUGGUACUGCUUGUAUCAAAUACAACUGGCAGCAUCCAAACCAUGAUCCAUUUAAGAUUGAAGAGAUCAGUUUGUCAAGAUUGCCAGAUGAAUUAAAACAAUAG